CGUGUAUUCCCUGAGUGUUCCCUGUUUAGUCACCGCCUGCUGCAGAUGUCCGUCCGUUGACAAGGUGGAAAAACUUGGAGUUGUUUGCUAGCGUCAGACUCGAAGACUGUUUGGUGAUGAUGCCCUCUGUGUUAAGUCAUGUGUCUAUCUGCGCUUGUGAAACACAUCAGCAGGAAUGAGUAAAGAUAAUCCACGGAUCGAAAUGGACCUGGCUUUUGGAUCAGCCAAGCCUUAUGGGUCCUCAAGGAGUAUUGUGAGGAGAAUAGCCUCUACUCUUCCUCUUCAACCCUGCGCCAGGGUUCAUUUUCAGCUUUAUCCAUACAGUGAGGAGGCUGGUGUCCUGAUCAGCGCCAGGAGGCAGAAUGGUUUGGUGGCCUCUCUGGCUGAUGUCGGCUGGCUUGACAGGGAUGAGGAGGAUGAUGAUGACAACUUGUUUGGCAGACCUAGGUCAGUAAUCCCACCAGGACUCGUGUUUCGAGCCCGCGAGCCUCAUCCUCAGAGACAAUCCUUAACCCGCCAGAGGUCACUACCGAGCCUGCAGCAGGAGACUCCGGACCCUCAGGGGCCAACAGUCGCCAAUGAUGAGGCCAUUCAGAAGAUCAGCGCACUAGAGACAGAACUCGCCAAACUCAGAGCUCAGAUAGCACAAAUUGUAUUGGCUCAGGAAAAGAACACGCAGCCAGCUGCUACCACAGGGACACCUCCACCUCCCCCUCCACCCUGUGGCACCCUGCCUCCCCCUCCCCCACCACCUCCUCCUCCACCACCACCACCACUCUCAAAUCUCCAGCGGACAUUUUCUGCCAUUGACUUGAUAAGGGAGCGCAAGGGGAAGAAGACAAACAGCCAGACACUUUUGGAUUCAAAGCCGGCAGAAAUCCCCAGCAUGCUUGACGUCCUGAAAGACAUGAACAAAGUCAAGUUGCGAUCAGUCAAAAGUCGUCCAGUGGAAGGUGAAGCCAAAUUGAAGUCCAGCGAUCCUACAGAUGCUGCAGCUCUCAUCGCAGAGGCCCUGAAACGCAAGUUUGCCCAUCGGUAUCGACACAACAGCAUCAGUGAACAAGGAGACAAGGAGGAUUUCACACUUCCAGUUCAAGAAGUAAAACCUCAAACAGAAACCCCUUUGUUUGGGCAGCACAUGUUGAAAGCAACUGGAAAAAGGAAGUUCAUCUAAACAGAUGAUUCUGAGCUUGGAGUCCAGAUGUGCUGCAGACACUUUGAAGUGCCUUAUCAACCUUUUAAAUAUCAGCUGUUUCUGUAGAAAAACAAGGGAUUCUGACUGAAGUAGUCUGCUCCAAGUCUCAGUCAUCUCAUAGUGUUGUAUCUGAUUGUCUUCUUGACCAUCUGUUUUUGCACUUUUAUAACUUAUAAUAUUCGCUUCCUGUUUUACAGACAUUUUUUUUGUUAAACUGAAUGUUUUUUUGUGUUGAAAAGUUUAAAUUCUCUGCUCAUAUCAGUGGUGAGUGAAAGUGAAGAGGCAACACUACAGAAUCGUUUCAAUGCUCAAUCAUAACUUAGGUUUUUGUUAAAAUAUUGCACGUAACAUAGUUGGUCAUGUUUGCAUUCCCAUUGUUCAGGGGGUCUGUGAAAGCUGAAGAGUUCUUCUACCACAGAAGAAAGGGGGCACUUUCUUGCUUGUGGAAUAUUGUGCUGUAUUGUUUAUACAUGUAUGAUAGAGUAAUUUAUGAUUGGGAUCCUUCUAUUUAUGUUGUGGUUUAAGUAGGUAAUUAAGAUUUUAACAUAGGUAAUUAUGCCGUAGAUUUUGUUAUUAAUCAUAAGAGGCUUAAACAAGUUUGUACUUUAUCUGUUGGACCUGUGUGAGUUGUGUCUCAGGAGCCAGUCUUGCCAGGGCUUGUGUGUUCUUUGCUGGUUCAAAUAUAUGCAUCCCAAUUUUAGUUGACGUUUAUUUCUUUAGUAUGAUUUGUGUUUGAGAGCCAAAGACAUUCCAGUGAUGAUCUGCGAGAUUCUGCCUUUCACUGCCAAAUAUCUUUUCAUAUUCCUUUGUAUAUUUUAAAUGUAGGAUGACGCUGAAAUAGUAAGAAACAAAUAUGGUAACUGCUGUACUGUUUCCAGGUUAUAGGCGGUACAGGUGCAUGUUCAGUGUUUUCUUGCUUUAUCUUUUUUGAUAAGACUGCCCGUUAAUCACAAAAAGCUUUCCCAGAACUUAAGACACACAUUUCAACAUCAUCAGUAAAGAAACGCUGCAUUGUUGUAGUUAACUGUAUUGAAAACACACUUAAGUCACGGGUCCUUUUGUACCCGCUGUUAUCAGUAUUCCAAAGGUAAAAAUGCUCCUGUGCCAGAAAUCAUCACAUUUUCACGCCUCAGUUUGGAAAAACAAAGCGACUCCUCAAGGUCGUGUUUUGUUUUCAGCUCAAAGUGACUGACUGCACAUUGUUUCCAGCUCUGUUCAUUAUGCCAGUGUGGUUGCUGCUUCAAGUCAACUCUACUAGUAUUAGCUUUUUAUAAGGGAAGGUGGACUGGAUGUGUCAGUAGUCGAAUUUUGUAGAAGAGUCGUCUUCCAUAAAAACUGUUUUGACAAAUCUUUAAAUUAAAGUUGUUCUGUCCUGA